AUGCUUGUGGUACGCCCGUUUGAGCUCGGUGAGCCCGUUCACGAGACUCUGGUACUCGUACUCGAUGUUUUCGGGCUUGAGCUCGAACCCGUGCCAUUGGUAGCCGCUCAACAGCUGUUGCAGAUUGAUAACCAACAAAUUGUCGUUGCUGAGGUUCUCGUCCUCCAUCACCGGCAUCCAAUACCGGAACGUGUACACCAGCUGGUCCAGGCCGGGGAUGUCGAGCAUCACGCAGAUGUGCUGCUUGAUUUCCGCGAGCUGCCGUUCGGUCAGCUGGGCGAUCUCGCGCGGCUUCGAGUCGAUCUGGGUUAUCUCCACGAACUUGCUAUUGUGGAUCUUGACCCAGAUCAACGUCCAUGA